AUGAAAUUAUGUUUCAUUUUUCUGACCAUUUUUUCGAAUCUCGUAUUUUCUACUAACACAAAUAUUCGAGCUCAAACUACCCUCAAAUGUUUUGAUUCAAAUAAUAACCCAAGAAGUUUUGAAUUUGAAGUAAAUCUGUGGGAAAUUGAUCAAAAAUCAGAGCAAGAUAAAAUAUUUGCUGAGACAUCGGGAGAAUCUUAUGGAAAUAUAACAGUGGUUUCAAAGGGAACUCCAAAAAUUGAUCAUCCAACUGAUGAGGUAUGAUUUUUCAAUUUAUAGUUUAGUAAAGAGCGUUUAAAAACAGCUUCUUUCGAAUUGCCUCUUUUCUCAAAAAUUUUUAAAUUCUAGAAAAGAUUUUGGAUUUGGUCAUGGAUACAACAUAAUUGUACAACAUCUGGAAAUAGAAUUUGCGCACAUGUGGAUUUGGGAGAAGUGAAUUCAAAAAUAACUGGAGUUAAUUAUGUCUAUACUGUCAAUCUUCAUAAUCAAAAUUUAGAUAGAUGUAAUACCAAUCAUAGAAAACUUGAAUAA